CAUCCAUACAACUUUUUCUUGAUUUUGAACUUGCGCACGACAUUUAUUUUGAACAAAACUUUUUCAAUCAACCAGAAGUUAAAAGACAGUUUACAUCAAGCGGUAGAUAUCAUCUAACUAUCAUCAAUCAAUCAUAUACCAAACACCAUCAUGUCUGAGAAACAACAUAAGCCUAUAAGGCAGGAUUAUAUUGCCAAAAUCAGAUAUACCAACAACUUACCUCCACCUCCUUUAAACCCUAAAUUCAUUCAAUAUAAUACUACUAAACCAAAGAAUAAUAAACAAGAAGGUCAAAAUUUAUUAGCAUCAUUAUUUAGAAAGGAUAAUUUUAUAAAUUUAAUCGAAGCUAUUGAUGAUGAAUUAGGAAUGAAUUUGAAUCUUAUUAAUAAUAGAGGAUUCUUAGAUGAUGAUAAUGAUAGUGUGAUAAAUAAUUUACCUAAUAAUGAAGAUAAAACCAAACCAGUUAUAUUACAUCCUAAAGAUCGUGAAUUAUUAAGAGAUGCUGGGAUUAGUACUAUUAUUAAAACUGAACCUGGUGUAUCAUUUUUAAGAAGAACUGAAUAUAUUGCUGAACGAGGACUGUUGAAAUCAGAAUCAUCAUCAAGACAAAAGAGUAAAGAACCUGAAAAAUUAGAUGCUGAUGCUCAAUUAAAAGCAGUGGAAGAUACAUUUGAAGCAGCUAGAGAUACAUUAUAUAAUUUGGAUAAAUUAAAACAUCCUCGUAAAAAGAAUUUAAAGGCAGUUUCAACUUGGCAAUUAUUACCUGAUACUUCAAUGAUGGAUACUAAAUUUUAUAAUGUUAAAUUCAUUGGAUCUGCUUCAUUAACUCGUGAAUUACAAACUUUAAAGCAAAAGCAAGGUUCAAAAUUUAAUGAAAAAUUACAUCAAAAUAUCACUGAUACCAGUAUUUUAAAACCUAUUACUUCUGAUGAUGGUGAAUGGAUUUCAUUAUUUCAAUUAAAUAAUCAUAAUAAUCAACAUGAAAAAUUAAAAUCUCAUUUACAUUCUACUGAACGUGAAAAACCAAUCAAUCUUUUAGAUGAAGAUGAUACUACCAUUGAGAAUUAUGAUUUUAAAUAUGUUAAGAAUUAUGAUAUGCAUUUUGAUAGAUUUGAUGAAGAUGAUGAUCGUAAAGAAAUUUCGAUUAAAUUUGUUCCCGAUGAAGAAGAACAAGGUAAUAGUGAAAAUAAACAUAAAAGAAGAAAAUUGGCUUAUUAUUAUCCUCUUAAUGGUAAGAUUGAUUUAAGAAAAUAUAGACCUGUUGCAAAUACUGAAAUUAAUAGAUUUUUAAGAGAAAGUACUUUAGAUGGUAUUAAUUUCAAAUUAAGAGAACCAACCACUAAUGAACUUGAAAAAAUGGAUACUAUCAGAUCAGAAUUCGAUCCAGUGGAAUAUGGUGGUGAUGAUGAUGAAGAAGAUGAUGAAGAGGAAGAAACUGGUGAACAAUCAACUACUGCUACUGCUCCAAAAACAAAUGGAGAAGUUGAUGACUUUGAAGAUGAGGAAUAAACCCUUUUGUAGUAUAGAAAAAUGAAAAUAAACA